AUGAAUUGGGAUACACUAUGGUUCAACAUCGCUACAUUUAUCUGCGGCGUAUUCAUCCUCGACUACGGCGCCGACAAGUUCAUUGACCACACUGUCAUUGUCGGUCGUCGGUUGGGUAUUUCCCAAACACUAAUUGCUCUAUUAACGAUUGGCGCCGAAUAUGAGGAGCUCGCGGUAGUCAUCGCCGCAAUUCUACAACAUCGCUCUCCCCUAGCACUCGGCAACAUAAUAGGAUCAAGCAUUUCCAACAUCCUCGGCGCAUUUUCGCUUGGACUGCUGUUCCAUUCUGGACCGGUAAUAGAAGUCUCGAGAUUCGAUGCUGCGGCCAAGAUAUACACGGCGUUGUUAUUUGCCAUUACGACUGGUGUGGUUGGAGUCAUCUAUUUUCAUCUUUUGACAUGGGUUACGGGGGUUGUUUUGAUUGUGGUGUUUGGGGUGUAUAUUGUAUCCAUUGCAUAUGCUAUAUAUCGUGGCAUCAGUGUUUUGGCGCCGGACAGUAAUGAUGAGAGCGAGAGUGAUAGCGACAGUGGCAUCGGCGACGCCACCAUACCAUCAGAAAUCUCACCUCUUCUCUCUCCUACCAGCAACAGUGCAGCCCAUGAAAUAGUCCAAGAACCAACCACAAGGCCAAAACGCCCCCGAUCUCUCACCUACCACAUCACUCACCUCCUAAUCGGACUCAUCUCACUGUCUUUAUCAGGCUACAUCCUCUCGCACAGCGCCAGCUCAAUCGCCGACUCACUAAACCUCUCUGGCACACUCGUCGGUAUUACCAUUCUCUCCUUCGCGACUACACUACCCGAGAAAUUGAUCGCGGUACUUAGUGGGACGCGCGGUCAUGGAUCUAUUAUGGUCGCAAGUACGGCGGGGAGUAAUAUCUUUUUACUUACUUUGUGUCUUGGCGUUGUUGCCAUCACCGCUGAUAUGUCUUCAAAUAAGAUUGAUGGUGGGAAUAGAGUGGCCAUGUUUGAGUUGGGGGUUGCUUGGGUUUCUUCGGCGGUGCUUUUGUUGAUUGUCGGGUUGGGACUUGGGAGAGUGGCUGGUGUUGGGUUGCUUGCGGCUUAUGUGGGGUUUUUGGUGCUGGAGUUUACUAUCUAUAGGAGAUGA